AUGACUCAGAACAUACCCUCCGGCGGCACUCGCGUCGGCUUCGACGCCCUUCCCGAUGAGCUCAAGGUCCAAAUCCUCACGUACGCCCUCAGCACCAACAAAUUCAUCAUGGCAAGGAACCACAAAGCCAUCGAGGAAGGUUUAAACCUACCAACUUUGCUACUCGUCAACAAGCGCAUGCAUGCCCUUGCCGCACAAGUGUACUACAGCGACAACACCUUUGUCAUUAGGCGCUCUGGCGUGUCUUGGGGGCACGUUACCCCGGGCGCCGACGACAAGUGGCGUUUCCCUCCGUUUGUGUUCGGUAAUCACGUUCGCAAACUGGUGAUACAGCUGGAGUUGUACCGUCGCAUUGACAACGCGACACAGUGCCUGGAGCCGUCGUUUGAGAACGAUUGGCUGGUGCUUCUCCGUCCUCGACCUGCCCACAAAGCUGCUACUCCCAAUGCGCCGCAGCAGGCAGGAGAGCAAGAUUGGCAGACUCGAUUCCCCAAGCUCACCGAAUUGACGGUGCGACUGAGCACUUCUCUGCACUUGCAUUUACAAAUCAACAGUGACAGCGAUGAGUACCGACGAGCACUACUUGACCUGCCAAACAAAGCAACUGUUGUGCUGCAGCCAAAGCUUUUGAAGCUCGAGAAUGAAUCAAGCGCGGAGAUCAGGUCUAGUGACCCUAUGCAUGGCGCCAUUCACAAGAUGGUCAAGCUCAGAAUUUAA